CAAUCAUUUCUUCUUCUUCUUCUUCUUCCCCAAAAUCUCUUUCUCAAUUCUCUAGGGUUUUCAAUAUUCACACGAAAGCUAAUGGCGAUCAACGAUCAGUUUCCUAAUGGGUUAAGAAUUCUUGUUGUAGACGAUGAUACUUCAUGCUUAUUCAUUCUCGAGAAAAUGCUUCUUCGUCUCAUGUACCAAGUUACAAUUUGUUCACAAGCUGAUGUUGCGUUAACCAUUCUAAGAGAAAGAAAAGACUGUUUUGAUUUGGUUCUAAGUGAUGUUCAUAUGCCUGGUAUGAAUGGUUACAAACUUCUUCAACAAGUUGGUCUUCUUGAAUUGGAUCUUCCUGUCAUUAUGAUGUCUGUUGAUGGAAGAACAACUACAGUUAUGACUGGAAUCAACCAUGGAGCUUGUGAUUAUCUUAUUAAACCUAUUCGUCCUGAAGAGCUUAAGAACAUUUGGCAACAUGUUGUUCGAAGGAAAUGUGUAAUGAAGAAAGAGCUUCGAAAUUCUCAAGCUUUGGAGGAUAACAAGAACAGUGGUACUCUCGAGACGGUUUUUUCGGCUAGUGAAUGCUCAGAGGGAAGUUUGAUGAAACGUAGGAAGAAGAAGAAGAAGAGAAGUGUUGAUAGAGAUGAUAAUGAGGAUGAUCUUGAUCUUCUUGAUCCUGGAAACUCGAAGAAGUCACGCGUUCUUUGGUCUAUUGAAUUGCAUCAACAAUUCGUUAAUGCCGUUAACAAACUUGGAAUUGAGAAAGCUGUACCAAAGCGGAUUCUCGAGUUGAUGAAAGUUCCCGGUUUAAGCAGAGAAAACAUUGCUAGUCAUUUGCAGAAAUUCCGAAUGUAUUUGAAGCGAUUAAGCGGUGAAGCUUCGCAGAAUAAUGACACGGAGUCAAUCAAAAGAUAUGAAAACAUUCAAGCUCUGGUUUCCUCAGGACAAUUACAUCCACAAACAUUAGCUGCAUUGUAUGGUCAACCAAUAGAUAAUCAUCUCUCGGCUAGUUUUGGAGUUUGGAUUCCUAAUGAUGAUCAUCUUGGUAGAUCUCAAAAUGAACACUUUUCGAUUGAUGUAUCAUCGGCUUCUAACCGUCCUGUUUCUGUGGCGGUUCAUGGUCUAUCUUCCUCAGCAAAUUUCAGACAGAGAGGUGAUGUUAACAACAACAGAAUCAGACAAGGGUAUGGAUCAAAUGUUAAUGAAGAAUCUUGGAUCUUGGAAAGGUCUUCAAGACAACGAUAUUGAACAUCAUGAAUUGGCUUAAGAAGAGGAAGCUCUCUGCUCUCGUAUUGGUUCUGAAACUUUUUGGAUUAAAGUCUAAAGUAAACU